AUGUGCAACGACAAGCUCCACGAUUUCCUUGUCGAUCUACCCAAAUGCGAGCACCACAUACAUAUCGAGGGCUCGCUGGGGCCUGAGCUGUUGUUCCGCCUCGCCGAACAGAACAACAUCUCCCUGCCCUCUGACAAGGAUCCGGCCUUCGCGAGUGUCGAGGCCCUGUACGAGCGGUACCGCAACUUCACGUCCCUUGACGACUUCUUGCACUACUACUUUAUCGGAUUCUCCGUGCUUCUCACCGUCACAGACUUCGAGAAGCUGGGGUACGCCUACUUUGAAAAGGCAAACUUGCAGGGCGUCCGCCAUGCCGAGGUCUUCUUCGACCCCCAGGCGCACACCAGCCGUGGCGUCUCGUACGAGACUGUCGUCGAGGGCCUCGUUCGCGCGCGCCGCCGCGCUGAGGCCGACUUUGGCAUGACGAUCGAGUACAUCGUCUGCUUCCUCAAGCACUGCCCCGUCGAGGACGGCCUGCGCAUGUUCCUCGAGGCCAAGGAUGCGGGCCACUUCGCGGACGGGACCAUCGCCGGCGUGGGCGCGUCGAGCAGCGAGGCGCCGUACCCACCCAAGAUGUUUAAGCCGAUCUACGACGCCGCCCGGGAGGCGGGGGUCCGGCGCACGGCGCACGCGGGGGAGGAGGGCCCUGCGGCGUUUGUGGUCUCGGCGCUCGACGACCUGGACGUGCAGCGCGUCGACCACGGACGCCGGUCGAACGAGGACGAGGCCCUCAUGGCGCGGCUGGCGCAGACCAGGACGCUGCUCAGCCUGUGUCCCAUCUCGAACGUCGUGCUGCGCGGCGUGACAGAGAUCAAGGAGCUGCCCAUCCGGGAGUUCCUGGAUAAGGGGGUGCGGUUCAGCAUCAACAGCGACGACCCGGCGUACUUUGGCGGGUACAUUCUGGAGAACUACUUUGCGGUGCAGGAGGCGUUUAAGCUGACCAUGGAGGAGUGGGAGGGCAUUGCGGUUGGGUCGGUGGAGGCCAGCUGGUGCUCUGAGGAGCGGAAGACGCAGCUGAAGAAGGAGAUUGAGGCGGUUGUUUCUAGGCAUAAGGCCGUGCUGGCAUUGGAGGAAAGAAUGGAAAGCCUCGCGGCGCAAAAGAGAGGUUUGUGA